AUGGCUACUAAGGGUUUCAACGCUGGCGAUGCCUUCCCCCAGGACGUGACUUUCUCUUACAUCCCCUGGUCUGAGGAGGCUGGCGAGAUCACCUCUUGCGGUAUCCCCAUCAACUACUACGCCUCCAAGGAGUGGGCUGACAAGAAGGUCAUCCUCUUCGCUCUUCCCGGUGCUUUCACCCCCGUCUGCUCCGCCAACCACGUCCCCGAGUACAUCCAGAAGCUCCCCGAGCUCCGCGCCAAGGGUGUCGACCAGGUCGCCGUCCUUGCCUACAACGAUGCCUACGUCAUGAGCGCCUGGGGCAAGGCCAACGGUGUCACCGGAGAUGAUAUUCUCUUCCUCUCCGACCCCGAGGCCAAGUUCUCCAAGAGCAUCGGCUGGGCUGAUGAGGAGGGCCGCACCUACCGCUACGUGAUCGUCAUCGACCACGGUAAGGUCAUCUACGCCGCCAAGGAGGCCGCCAAGAACAGCCUUGACCUCUCCCGGGCCGAGUCUGUCCUCAAGCAGCUGUAG